AUGGCAAGCAGGUCCCUAGGCUACGAGCCUUACUCCCUGAAAGACUAUCGCGACAACGACUACGACCCAAAGCAGAGGUCCUACUGGAUGCUGGGUACGUUGGGCAAAGACCCCGACACAACAGAAAUGCAGCGGAAGAAGGAGAAUGCAGAGAGGGUACGCGACUUGUCCCAGGCCAUCCGCGUACAGAACCUGGCUACAAGGUCAUCUUCGCCGCCCCGGCCUCACCGACAGCAGCCGCAGCAGGAGCAGAAGCAGCAGAGCACACGCGAGCGCGCUCACGAGUACGCCAGGGAGAAGAAACUGCACGACAAGAGAUAUGGCGUCAAUGUCAUCAUGAGCCCUGUGCAGUUCCUGCACCAGGAGUCUUUCCCGGGCCCCAUCGCCGAGCAAGCGGCGAAGGAGCCGCGGAGAGGGCUCUCAGGAGGGCAGCAAGCUGGACCAAGCUCAGAGCGGCUCUACAGCAGAGCAGCAAGUUGA